AUGGUUAAAAUAGGAAAAAAGUUAAAAGGUUUUAAUGAAGGAGUAAAUAUAAUAGAUAAUAAUAAAGAUAAAAUAUUGGAAAAGAAAAAUAAUAAAGAAAUAAAAAAUAAAAAUAAUGAAAAAAUAAAAGAAGAGAAACAUACAUUAUAUUUUGGGGAAAUACAAAAGAAGAAAAAAGAAUAUGAUGAUCUAGAUUUUUAUUUAAAAAAUAAUAAUAUAUCUAUGUUAUUAGUAUUACUUUUAUGCAAAAUUAUAACAAAAAAACCAAAAAACAUUUGUGAUUUUAUUCAUAAUGAAUUAGAUUCUUUAUUACAAUGUCAAUUAGAUAAAAGUAAGACUAGUAAUAUUAUUAAUAAAGAACAUAACGAAAAUCAAAAUUAUAAUGAAGAAAAAAAAGAUAUUUUAAAAAAAGACAAUUAUAAUAAAAUUAUUAACUAUGAAACCUUCUUAGGUGAAAACUAUUUAAGCUUAGAUAAUAUAUUAGAUGCUGUGAAUUUCAUUAAAAUAGAAAAUUCAGAAAAAAUUUAUUUUAAUAAUUUAAUAAAAAUUAUAGAAAUUUUUGAAAACCCCCAAAAUAAACAUACUCUUUUAAAAGAGAAUAUGCAACUUACUGAUUCAAUAUCACUAAAUAAAGCAAUAAAUUUGGCUAAAAUUUUUUAUAAUAAUUAUUUUUAUAACACAAAAUAA